GGGCUUCUACGGGCUCGGCAGCGCGGCCACCUCCUCCUCCACCUCCUCCUCACCAGCGCGAAACCCGGGAGUGGACCGAGCGGAGUUGUGCGUGUUACCGAAGGGGGGUGGGCCGGGGGAGGGGAGGUUCGCUCCGCGGAGCCGCAGCCAGAACCGGGACCAAGAGUCGCGCUCAACUCUCGUUGGUGCAUCUUUGGCAGAAAGUGAAGAGCAAAACAUCUCCAUUGUUCUUUGGAAUGGACACAGGGUCAGUGGGAGGAUUAGAAUUGACUGAAAAGACUCCUGCUGCAUUAGGAGCUACUACCACCAUGGCAACUAGUCUCACGAAUGUAGGAAAUACUUUUAGUGGUCAAUCUAAUCCAUUAAUCUCUAGAUCUAAUAAAUUUCAGAACUCCUCGGUGGAAGAUGAUGAUGAUGUUGUUUUUAUUGAACCUGUACAGCCUCCUCCAUCUUCUGCACCAGUGGUGGCUGAUCAAAGAACUAUAACAUUUACAUCAUCAAAAAGUGAAGAACUGCAAGGAAAUGAUUCUAAAAGCCUUCCUUCCUCAAAAGACUUAGCUUCUCAGAAGGGAAGUGUGAGUGAAACUAUUAUCAUUGAUGAUGAAGAGGACAUAGAAACAAAUCAAGGACAAGAGAAGAAUUCUUCUAAUUUUAUUGAAAGACGACCUCCUGAAACGAAAAACAGAACCAAUGAUGUGGAUUUCUCCACUUCCAGUUUUGCAAGAAGUAAGACAAAGACUGGAGUGGGACCUUUUAAUCCUGGUAGAAUGAAUGUGGCAGGAGAUGUAUUUCAAAAUGGAGAAUCUGCACCUCAUCAUAGUCCUGAUUCUUGGAUCUCUCAGUCAGCUUCAUUUCCCCGUAACCAGAAACAACCUGGAGUGGAUUCUUUAUCACCAGUGGCGUCACUUCCUAAGCAGAUUUUCCAGCCUUCUGCCCAGCAGCAACCCACUAAACCAGUUAAAGUCACUUGUGCAAAUUGCAAAAAGCCUUUGCAGAAGGGACAGACAGCUUACCAGCGAAAAGGAUCUGCCCACCUAUUUUGUUCUACCACUUGCCUUUCUUCCUUUUCUCAUAAGCCUGCUCCAAAGAAACUCUGUGUUAUGUGUAAAAAAGAUAUAACCACAAUGAAAGGAACCAUUGUUGCUCAAGUGGAUUCAAGUGAGUCCUUCCAGGAAUUCUGUAGUACAUCGUGUUUGUCACUCUAUGAAGAUAAACAGAAUCCUACUAAAGGAGUUCUGAAUAAAUCAAGAUGCACAAUUUGUGGUAAACUAACAGAGAUUCGCCAUGAAGUUAGCUUUAAAAAUAUGACUCACAAGCUGUGCAGUGACCACUGCUUUAAUAGAUACAGAAUGGCAAAUGGUUUAAUAAUGAAUUGCUGUGAGCAGUGUGGAGAAUAUUUACCCAGCAAAGGCGCUGGAAAUAAUGUUCUGGUGAUUGAUGGUCAGCAAAAAAGAUUUUGUUGUCAAAGUUGUGUCAGUGAAUACAAACAGGUAGGUAGCCAUCCAAGCUUCCUGAAAGAGGUUCGCGAUCACAUGCAGGACUCUUUCUUAAUGCAGCCAGAGGUAAGCAGGAAUGUAGUCGGGAUGAAUUAAGGUCCCAGUAAUUUUAAGCUUUGCUACUGUCAUUUUUAUAUAUCUGGAAAAUAUUUUGCAUUUUGAGUUAUACUGAAACUUCUGAACUUAAAAUAUUUGGGAUUGAAUGUUUUCUUUAUG